AUAAUCACACAAGAAUAUGUUCUGCAUUCUGAGCGUUUAAGUGACAGAAGGCCCCUUUAUUCCUCCAUGAAGCUUGUGGGUUAUUCAAUUCUGCGGAAUGCUAAUUUUGGUCUCAUCAUGCUGCGACGGCAGAGAGAUGAGGAAAUUGGUUGUGUCAAAUUUCAAUUACUAGCGGAGACUCGGCCUCCCUUUUCAUGUAGGGGAAACACUGGUAAUGAGCUGAAUUCUGGAGGAUGCAGGCAUGUGAAUUGUGAUAUUGAUUCAUAGAAGAUGUACCGAGAAGCAGGCAGCGAGACAUUGCAUAGACAUAGCCGAUUUCAUGCAUUCCCUUUUACUGUUAAACAGGAAACCAUACAAAUAUAAAUAAUAGCACAGAUUGGUUAAUAUUGCGUCUCCGCUCUGCCUGGUGGAUUGUCUGUAUGCUCUCAUCUGUGUGACUCUUGGCCGGUGAAGCCAAAAUACUUGGGAUAAAUUAUUUUUAUCUUUUGAGCCAAACAUAUGCAAUCAGCAUUCUGCAACACCCCACAUUCAGGCAUUCAUAAAUUCCAACACAGGAGGAACAUAGAAUUGAAUCUCCCUCGUUUUCAGCUACUGGCAAACAAUGACUCACUAGACUCUUACACCGAGACGUUAUGAUUCAGGAAAUAUUUUCAGCUUCAAAUGACAAAUACUGCCUUCCUAUGUUGUCUCCUACUAUAUUUGUUGUUUAUUUAUUUGCAAAUUGUACAUCCGUGAACUGCAUGCACGAGCCCUCAACAUGAGAAAACAAUGGAGUCGCCCUUUCUUGGAACGAGGGACAGUCGGUGACGCUCGUCCACCAAUAAUUUAAACAACAUUAAAAAAAGAUGUUAACGCCUAUCAACUCAUAAUCACAUUUGAUGCUGCUUAUGAUAUAAAAUUGUUUUUGCAGGUGAGUUUCAAGACGUGGUAGGAGAAACAUGGCGUGGACAGUGCUCGACAGUAUCCGACAUCCAAAUCAACAUUACCUCAACAUCGAUGAAUAUAAUACUCAAACUGAGGGGCAUUCUAUCUGUCCCCUCAACUCCGUCAUAUAAAAAGAACAAAUGCCAAAGUUGGUGCUAUACAAUUUCUGUGAAUUUUUAACCUUUCAAAACAAAGAAAAGCAAAUAUGAUACCUACUCCUUUGAGGUCCAAAAUUCUAAGCCAAACUCGUUCUGCUAGCUUGCCUUCUAGAUCUCACCCCCUCGUACCCCAAUUCACUGACCAUUUGCAUAGACUAAGAGCUGGCGAUGCCACACCUUCAUCCAUGUCAUCAAUCAGCAAAAAACUACACAAUCUUGACGAUUUAUUCAAUUGUGUUGAUGAUUUGCUGCAUUUGCCUCAUACGCAACAAGUUUUCACCAGAGAAUGCCAUGAAAAAUGGGUUGAACAAACACUGGAUGGAUAUCUUGGGCUUGUGGAUGCUUGUGCCACGGCCAAAGAUUUCAUCUUCCAUGCCAAGGAAUAUUUGCUGGAUCUUCUGUCAGCCCUCAGGCGAAGACGUGAUUCGGAUGAUCAUCUUUGUGGGUUCUUGAACUCAAGAAAGAUGGCAAAGAAGAUGAUACAAAAGUCGUUGAGAAAUAUCAGCAGUUUCAAGAAUAGGCCCUCUGUUUUAGCACUGGACAAAGACCAAGGGACCAUUGCUAUCAUAAGCAUGCUCAAGGAGGCUGAGUCGAUAACGCUGGACCUAAUUGAGGCUCUGUUGUUCAGUAUUAUGGGGACAAGGGGCCAUUCAAGGCCAAGUGGCUGGUCCCUUGUUUCCAGGCUAAUCAACCCCAGAAAAAAUUCAGGUCAAGAUCACAAGGAUACACUUGAAUUUGAAGAGCUGGAUGCUAGUUUGUGCAAGCUUGUAAGUUUCAGGACGUCAAAAUGUGAUAUAGGCAUGCAAAUUGAUGAGUUACAACAGCAGUUAAGAGAUAUGGAUUCAAGCAUCCAAAUUGUUGAAGAAAAACUGGAGGGCUUGUUCAAGCGUCUGAUCAAAACACGAGUUUCGCUGCUCAACAUGCACAGCCAGUAGGCGAAGAGUUAUAGUCACAUUAAAUAUCUGUAGUAGGGGCAAAAAAUUGUAGCUAUGCCUGCAUCCUACUUGUACAUGACAUAUACUUGUAUCAAAUUAAUAUUACUACAAUCAAAUGAAAUGCU